CUUAGAUUCUUUGUUAAAUGUUGUGCCUUUGUGGGAACUUAUUCAGUCGAUUGCUACCGUUAGAAUUUUGCCUCACUAGAGAAAAAGGGGGUUUGGAUAUAUGAUAUUCGUUUCUGUUGCGGGACAUCAUAGUUGAUUAUCUGGUAGCCAACAUGGCUUAUUUUUCUUGCUGUCCUGUCGAGUCCGUGUUUAUUCGUGGAAAUGAGACGUUGGCAUGUUUCGGACACAGAAAAUGCAGAUGGGAUUGCAUUCUGUUUUUAGGGAAGAUGCUAACAGUUUAGGGUGGGGGAUGAGACAAUACAUGCUGACGGUAGGAAUGUACACCGUGCCGGAGUUAAAAGUUCAUACAAAUGCCUAAGAGGAGAAUUUUGUUUUGCAUUUUGCCAUUUCCUCGUUUGAGCAGAAACCUAGAUAUCUAGCAAUUGAUGAUAUCACAAGGUCCAGUUAGGCUGGCUGCUGUCAUCUAGGAUUUAGAGUUUGACCAGAAAUAUACACUGCAUAAACGAGAUUGCGUUCUAUUUGAAUUAAGAAGUAGAGGUGUUGCUGUUUUAAUGCUGGGAAGGAUUACUGUGCAGCUUAUGAUUUGUAGUGUUAGGUUUUGAAUACAUCCAUCUUUAUGGCUACUGAUUCUAUUUGGGAUUGUCCGAAAGUAAAUUCAUCGAGAGCUGGGAGCUAUGGCUGCUAUUUGGCUUCUCGGAUGAUUGUUCCAUAACAUCAUUUGAAGUUGACGAUUGUUGGACCAUUCACUAAUUUUGCUUAGUAAAGUUGUUCAACGAAGUUGCACCUAGAUAGCAAAAUGGUCCAUCUUUUUUCUUCUCAUAAUCAUUGAUUUACCAAUGUAUUGUUCACAUGCAGGGAUCUACUGCUCACUCUGGUUGUUGCUCUGCCAUCCUCCUCCUUCCUCUGUCUGUGAGUAUCAGUUAUUACUUAUCACGCAGCUCCAAUUUCUUCUCACGCUGUCAUUUUCUGUUGCUUUGCCUCCGACACAGAGAGAGUCCGGUAAUGCUUUCUGGUUAUGGUCACUAUUACACUGCUCUUACAUUAUUUCUCCCAUAUUCGUUGCAAAGGAGAAGUUCUCUUAGCUUCAACACUGUAAUUGGCGAAGAAUGCAAAGGCUUAUAACCUAAAUGAUAUAUAUGUUAUUUUGUAUACCCCUGGUUUCUUGCUCCUGUAAGUGGUAGAUGACAGAGAAUCUAUUAGAAUCCGCUCAACAUGGUGGAGCUUCUCUUUUCCUUUGCUGUUAAUGAAAUUUUGAAGAAACAGUGCUGUAGUUUUGGGUUAGUCAAAAAUCAGCUGGAAAUAGUUCACUGUAUGUGUUACUAAUGCAUCAUUUGGUAUGUUUCUGGAAACACUUUUGGUGAUUACUUUGUGAUCAAGGAAGUAUUUUGGGUAGUUGGGAACAGUUUCUGCAAAGCAUUGAGCCUUGAAAUAUCUGCCUUAUUCAUCUGAAUCUGAAAUCAUACGGAAUUUGUCAGUCUUUAAGGAGUUUUAGUUAGUAUCAUUUAGCAGCAGUUGGAAAAUUUUAUACUGCAUUUGAUUGGUAUGAUUUCUGAAAAGUUAAAGCUUAUGUGAGGUGAGAUAACCUUGUUGUCAAGAGUUGAGGAAAUAACUUAGAGUCUGAAAUAUCUGCUAUAUUAUAACAAUUCAGAGGUGGUUCUGCCAAGCAAACUGCUCAAGCUGAAGCACCCCCGUGUCCGGUGAUGGUGGGUGGAAAAUGAACUUACUUUCACACUUCACCUCUUCAAUCCAAGAUUUCUUGUUCCUCUGCUGGAUUUCGGGCGGUCAUUCAUGAAGGGAUUCUUGCGACCUUUAAGUCGACUCGGCAGCAUCAGGCGCUAUGCUGGCCCUUUUGCCAGAUCAAAGCUGCAACUUGAUGGGGUGAAGGAUGUUAUUGCUGUUGCUUCUGGGAAAGGAGGUGUGGGCAAGUCUACUACCGCUGUAAACUUGGCUGUUGCCUUGGCUAACAAAUGCAAUUUGAAGGUGGGUUUGCUUGAUGCUGAUGUCUAUGGGCCAUCUGUGCCUAUGAUGAUGAAGAUCGACCGCAAGCCGGAUAUCACUGAAGACAAAAAGAUGAUUCCGAUUGAGAACUAUGGAGUUAGGUGCAUGUCCAUGGGAUUUCUUGUAGAGCAAGAUGCACCCAUUGUUUGGAGAGGCCCCAUGGUGAUGAGUGCUCUUGAGAAAAUGACUAGGGGAGUCAGUUGGGGAAAGCUUGAUAUUCUCGUGGUAGACAUGCCCCCUGGCACUGGCGAUGCUCAGCUUACUAUAACUCAAAGCUUGCAGUUAUCAGGUGCAGUAAUUGUUUCAACUCCACAGGACGUUGCAUUACUGGAUGCUCGAAGAGGAGUUAAAUGUUCUCUAAAGUCGAGGUUCCGAUUCUAGGGUUCAUAGAGAACAUGAGCUGCUUCAAGUCCACACUGUGCUGAACCUUCGUACAUUUUCGGUAAAGGGGGAACUCGAAAGACAGCUGAUUCAAGUGUCCACACUGUGCUGAACCUUCGUGAAUUUUCCACGGCUGUAGUACAUAUCACUUGCCAAGUAAAAUCGGUCUGUGAAACUCACUGAUAUGUUUUUCCUGCUCUGGUUUUCCAGAUCCCAAUAGAAGUGGAUAUCAGGACGUGCUCGGACAAUGGUACCCCUAUCGUAAUAUCAUCACCUGAUUCUGGCGUCUCGCGAGCCUAUUGUGAAGCUGCCAGGAGUAUAGUUGAAAAACUAGAGGAACUGGCAAAGGGUACAACCUUCCAACCGGAGAUUAAUCUGUGAAAUUGCUCUGAUCCCAGGAGCACCCAUUUCCCUGUGAUCUGGAAUCCUGAAGUGACAAAGUAUACUCGGUCAAUUCUGUAACUGUAGCCUAUAAGAUUUAUGUUUCCUGAGGGUUUUUUUUUCCUUCUUCUGCUUGAGGAUACAUUACAGUAUUCGACUUGGAUCAUCUUUGAGUUAAGCAAACAUUGAGAGUUCUUAUAACAAGCAAGCAAUCAUAUCUUUCACAAACUUGAGAACAAAAACAUGACAAAAAU